CAAAAGCUUAUUUUGGUUUCAACUCAGUCAGUAGACAGCGGUCAAGCGUUGGUAAUCCAAAAAGGUUGAGCGGGCCGUUCAAAUCGAUUACGGCAAUGCUCUUCCCAAUCUUUUUAGUGUUAUUAGUCGGUUUUGGAAAAACCAAUUCCUUCACUGACAACCGAGAAUUACAUCACAAUUCUUCAGUCUCGUCAGACGGAAUUCCACAGGAAGAAAUUAAUAAGAACCAACAACGUGAUGGAAAGUCGAUGGCCACCAACAUCAUCACUCAAGCCAUCAUCGCGUUACUCGCGCGUGAGCAACACAACAUCACCAAGUCGUCCAACUUCCCGACACUUGUGGCCACCAAUAUCAGCGAGCAGUGCCACAAGGACAGUGGCACCUAUCACCAAGCCUAUCUCCUUAGAGUCGACUGGGCUAAGAAAAUGUUUGAAUCUACUGGCAAACUCCCGGAAGCCUGGCACGGCAGUGGCAAUUUGCACGGUCUAGGACUUUUCGACGAGUGUUUAUCGGUAGGACACUGGGCGGAAAUGCCAUUCCACGGUCAGUAUUGUACGGUGUUCUUCGAUUCAGUGUUAGUAAUGCCAUGGGAGCUGGAAGAGCCUAGCCCAAAGAAAAGUAAUUCAGAGAAUAAUGAGAUGCAGCGAAACAAUUGGGUGGGGAUUCUGCAAGGCUUGGAGUUGCUCUACAACGGCCCGAGAUUGAAAGAGCCCAAAGUGAGGAACAGCGAUCCCAAUUCGAAAAAUUUAAUGGCCCUGGAUUAUUGCAUACCUUCUUCGUGCUCCGCUCAAGACUUCCGCUCGUCUGUCGCCCAAUUGGUGGGCAGCAGAGUCAUAGGGAACACGACGUACGAUGGGAAUUUCUACUAUACUUCCAUGGUCACCAUCAACGACGAGAAUUAUUGCUACACCACAGAGAAGAUCCACGCCCCACCCAAGUAUAACGGAGCCGAUAUUACUGUUGUUGUCGUACUGAGUUUACUUGGAUUGGUUGUUCUUUUGGCCACAUCGCACGAAUUAUGGCUGCAUUAUCAAAAUCGUCCUGUCCAGCCGAAGAAAAUGGCCGUGAAAGCAUUGCAUUGUUUCUCCAUGCUAACCAACGGCAAGAAAUUGCUGUCCACCAAAUCGGCCGCCGUCGACAACUUGGCCUGUUUGAAUGGAAUCAGAGUCCUGUCAACCACCUGGAUCGUUCUCUAUCACACGUACUAUCAAGCCAUUAUCAAUCCCAUGUACAACGUUUUUACAUUAAUUGAGGAUGCACUGACAUGGCAACUUCACAGCGUUCUGAACGCCACCGUUUCAGUCGACACGUUUUUCCUGAUGAGCGGCCUGCUCGUCACUUAUUCCUUGAUGCGCCAGCUGGACCGAAACAAAGGCCGUUUCAACGUUGGUUUCUUUUAUCUCCAUCGAUAUCUCAGACUGACGCCGGUUUACGCCGUGAUAUUGGGCUUCAUAGCCACACUGUUGGCUUAUCUCGGAUCAGGACCCAAUUGGCAAAAUGUGCGGAAUCAUAGCCUUGUUUGUCGCUCGAGAUGGUGGACCAAUCUUCUUUACAUCAAUAACUUUUUGGGAGCUGAUUGUAUGGGUGAAACCUGGUACUUGGCAUGUGAUAUGCAAAUGUUUAUUCUGAGUCCGCUAUUCAUCUAUCCUCUUUGGCGAUGGAGGAAAAUUGGCUUGAGCUGGGCCAUUUUCAAUAUAGUAGGAAUUCUGUGUGGAACUAUCGCCAUCUUCAUUGUUUGGGAUCUUCCAGCUAUGAGUUUUUUCACAAGAGAGAAUGACAUGAACAAUCCGUAUUAUUUCUAUGGCUAUUAUGCUUCACUGUGGACUCGUUUUCCCCCAUACAUUCUUGGAAUUUUGCUCGGAUGGAUACUUCACUUGACAAAGAACACGCAGAUUAAACUUAAGAAGGUUGUGGUGGCUGUUGGCUGGACCCUCACCAUCGUUAUAGGAUUGGCCGUUAUUUACGGUAUGGUGCCUUAUUUGAACGAGUACGAGGUUCCGGAAAUGAACGAUUUCGUCCGCGUCUCGUACGGAUCACUUCACCGCAUCGCCUGGGCCUCCUGCGUCGCUUGGAUUAUUUUCGCUUGCAUUCACGGUUAUGGAGGAUACGUCAACCGCUUUCUGUCGUGGAAGAUAUUUAUUCCGUUGGGCCGGUUGACGUAUGUCGUCUACCUAAUUCAUCAAAACUAUUUGCUGGUCUAUCACGCUUACAUCCGAAAGCCGUAUUACUACACCAAAUUCACUCACGCCGAGCACUACUUUGGAGUCCUGUUGAUGGUCUUUUUCAUGGCAUUCGCCAUCUGCCUCGUCGUGGAGGUUCCGCUUUUGAAUUUGGAGAAGCUGCUCGUCAAUCCCACCAGGACAAAAAAACCUGCGGCAGUCGAUAUUGAAAUUGAGCCAAAGAGGCCGAAUGGAGAAGAGACGGAAACUGUUCGAAUGGACAUGUGAUUUCCCUGAAAGAUUAUUGAAGAUGCUCGAGUUAAAUCUCCACAUCAUUCGUCUUUUAAAUCACCCGCUAGUUGAAAUAUUGCUUUUAAUGGAACACACACACGUAUACAUGAAUGAUUGCAAAAGCAUGUAAUGUAAUGUUGAUUCUUGCGUCACGCUAUUCCAAUAGAGAUAAAGUUAUUAUAACAUAUAGUAUAAUACCGAUAGAAUCGGUAAUGCCUGCAUAAAUCAUAAACAUAAGUGUAAAAAAUUUUUCUUUUCAAGCUGUAGACGAACUUUGAUUAUUCUGUCCAUUACGUAAUAAGGGAAAACGCCUCCUAUCAUUAGUGCGCAUUAAUGAAUAUUGCACCUUUCACAUUGUAUUAACUAGAUUUUGAUUGUCACGCUUCGUUCACGUGAUCACGUCUCCAGAUAAUCAUUGGUUAAU